GCGUCAUCUUAGAGGAGGAACUGGAGGAGGAGUUUGAGAAAAAGGCUAGACGCCGCGUUUGCUUUCCUCCGAGUUGCUCGUUUGUGUGUGCGUCCGUUUAUGGCUGACCCAAACCCGAGUCCACUAGCUCGUGUGCUAUUGCAGCAGUGUCUGCACGCGCAGCUGCAAGUGAAGCCUGCUGAGCCGGAUUCCGAAGCCAGAUGGGUAGAGAUCCAACGUGGUCUUAUUAUCUAUGUAUGUUUCUUCAAAGGGGCCAGUGAAGAUAUUAUUCCCAAAAUGGUCAAUAUAAUCCUGAAUGUGAAAUUAAGUGAACGCGAAGAUGGCAAAUAUGUGUCUGUUUUGGAUUUGCCAGGCAGCAUACUUGUAAUACCACAAGCCACACUGGGUGGUAAAUUGAAAGGAAGAAGAAUGCAAUAUCAUGCCAACAUUGAAAAAGAAAUUGGGCUAGAACUCUAUUCCCAGUUUGUGAUUCAGUGUGAAAAAGAACUGGUUGCUAAUGUCAAAUGUGCAGAAGCUGGUGUAGUCCUGAAGCAUGGCACGUAUGGAAACAGACAAGUAUUAAGAGUAGAUACAAAUGGACCUUUCACUCAUCAAAUUGAGUUUUGAGACAUCUGUGCUACAGGUAACAAUAACUUUAACUUGAUGCUAAUGUUUGUGUGCAAAGAAAAUAGAAAUGUCCACCAGUAACUUUAGGUCCACAUUAAUAUAUUUAUUUUUAGCUACAUUAUCGCAUAUUUCUUCUUUAUCAUACUUUAAAAACAAAUAAUAAUUCUAUCAUGGAAAACAAAAACCUUUAACAGAAGAGACUUUUGUUUUGGUCCAUGAAUCUUUUCAGCCAACUCUUAACCUAUAUAGUUUAUUUUCUGCCCAAACUCAUACUUAUACACAUACAUAGACAUACAGUAUGUCACAGAAGUGAGUACAUCCCCUCACAUUUUGUAAAUAUUUAAGUAUAUCUUUUCAUGUGACAGCACUGAAGAAAUGACACUUGGCUACAAUGUAAAGCCAAGUAAAGUAGUGAGUAUACAGUUUGUAGAACAGUGUAAAUGCGCUGUCCCCUCAAAAUAACACAACACACAGCCAUUGUCUAAACUGCUGGCAACAAAAGUGAAUACACCCCUAAGUGAUAAUGUCCAAAUGGGGCCCCAAGUGUCAAUAUUUUGUGUGGCCACUAUUAUUUUCUAGCAUUGCCUUAACCCUCUUGGGCAUAGAGUUUACCAGAGCUUCACAGGUUGCCACUGGAGUCCUCUUCCACUCCUCCAUGACAAUGUCACGGAGCUCAUGGAUGUUAGAGACCCUGCUCACAUCCACCUUCCGUUUCAGGAUGCCCCACAGAUACUCAAUAGGUCAUGUCUCCAGACCUAAAUCUCAAUAAGAUUUAGGUCUGGAGACAUGCUUGACCAGUCCAUCACCUUUACCCUUAGCUUCUUUAGCAAGGCAGUGGUUGUUUUGGAGGUGUUUGGGGUCGUUAUCAUGUUGGAAUACUGCCCUGUGGCCCAGUCUCCAAAGGGAGGGGAUCAUGCUCUGCUCCAGUACAUGUUGGCAUUCAUGGUUCCCUGAAUGAACUGUAGCUUCCCACUGCCAGCAGCACUCAUGCAGCCCCAGACCAUGACAUUCCCACCACCAUGCUUGACUGUAGGCAAGACACACUUGUCUACUCCUCACCUGGUUGCCGCCACACACACUUGACACCAUCUGAACCAAAUAAGUUUAUCUUGGUCUCAUUGGACCACAGGACAUGGUUCCAGGAAUCCAUGUCCUAAGUCUGCUUGUCUGCAGCAAACCAUUUGCGGGCUUCUUGUGCAUCAUCUUUAGAAGAGGUUUCCUUCUGGGACAACAGCCCUGCAUACUAAUUUGAUGCAGUCCGUGGUGUAUGGUCUGAGCACUGACAGGCUGACUCCCCACCCCUUCAACCUCUGCAGCAAUGCUGGCAGCACUCAUACAUCUAUGUCCCAAAGCCAACCUCUGGAUAUGACGGUCAGCACGGACACUCAACUUCUUUGGUCGACCAUGGCGAGGCCUGUUCUGAGUGGAACCUGUCCUGUUAAACCGCUUUAUGGUCUUGGCCACCGUGCUGCAUCUCAGUUUCAGGGUCUUGGCAAUCUCCUUAUAGCCUAGGCCAUCUUUAUGUAGAGCAUAAUUUGUUUUUUCAGAUCCUCAGAGAGUUCAUUGCCAUGAGGUGCCAUGCUGAACUUCCAGUGACCAGUAUGAGAGUGAGAGCGAUAAUACCAAAUUUAACACACCUGCUCCCCCUUGACACCUGAGACCUUGUAACACUAAUGCAUCACAUGACAUAUUUGGACCCCAUUUGGUCAUUAUCACUUAGGGGUGCACUCACUUUCGUUGCCAGCAGUUUAGACAUUAAUGGCUGUGUGUUGCAUUAUUUUGAGGGGACGGCACAUUUACAGUUAUACAAGCUGUAUACUCACUACUUUACAUUGUAGCCAGUGUUGUCACAUGAGAAGAUAUACUUAAAUAUUUACAAAAUGUGAGGGGGUGUACUCACUUCUGUGACAUACUGUAUAUACAAAUACACAUACACACUAUGUACACAGUCCUAUUAUCUCUAUCCUAUAUGUAUAUAUGUGUGUGUGUACACGCACACACACAGACUACAUACUUCCUAUUACCUCUGUCCUAUCUUCUAUUGCUAUCACAAUGUUUCUUCUACUCUACACUGUUAUUAUCUAUAUACUAUGAUCUAUAUCAUAUGUGCAUCAGUGUUUCCUUCUUACAGAGCCUAUUCUUUUAUUCUCUUUCUCUGGGAUUUCUUCUUUUUUACUACUCUGUUAAUGGCCAGUAGGUAGAGCUCUUGCAUCUUACUAAAUUGUGCUUUCUUUUCCUGGGUCCUUGUACAUAUUUUUCUCUGGACUAUCCACUGUAGGAAAAACAGAAGGCUGCUAUACUUCUCAGUUUACUGGUGGCUGCAGAGCUCCAAAAACACACCUCACCUCCCACACCUGUGUCAAAAUUGCUGCUUUAUUGGCAUCUCUCUUGUGCUGAUGUGGGGGAAAGGCUCAAAUGGCAAGGAAUGGCAGUAGCACAGAUGCUUGCAAUUUUGAAGACUGCAUAGUCUUUCUAUGCUAGUUUUCUAGCAUAGGCUAGCAUAGGCUAGAAAACGAGUGUCAAAUUCGUGGCAUCACAUUGCUGUCACGUGACAUUUCGCAAAGCUGGGGUAGGCGUGGCCUACACGUGAUGCAUCCAGCCCACGGGCCGUCAGUUUGACACCCCUGGGUUAGAAGCUGGGGACCAUGAGUUCUAUUCCUGUCUUAGGUAUGAAAGACAACUUAAUGACUGGACCAGUCAUUCUCUUUCCCUCUAGGAAAAAGGCAAUGGUAAACCAUUUCUGAAAUCUUGCCAAAAAACCUCCAGGGACUUGUCCAGGCACUUACCAGGAAUCUCAGAGGUGCAUAUAUGCACACAUACAUUUUUUUUUAAUAAACAGGAAAAGGGUAAUUAGAAUUUUGAUUUUGUAAAGUUAAAAAACAAAGGGUCUGGAUGGAUUUGAAAAGAUUUUGGAAUUUAUCAUAACCUUACCAUAGGAAAAUGCUUUCUUUUAAUUCUUAAAAACAUGGUGGAAUUAGACUUUGAAUGUUGGACACUACAGGGAACUAGAGGGAACUUAAUAUUAAAAUUAAGAGAAGAACACUUAAAUGUGACUUACUAAUACAUAAUGAAGCAAAAUAUUUUAAUAUUGGAUAUAUUAAAAGGUAUUUUUGAACCAGAGGCCUAGGAGCUAAUUUUAAGAGUGUCUGCUUCUUAGAUAGCCUGUUUCCCCCAAAAUAAGACAUCCCCUGAUAAUAAGCCCAAUCGGGCUUUUGAUCGCAUGGUAAUAAGGCCAAGCGCUUAUUUCAGGGUUCAAAAAAAUAUAAGACAGGGUCUUAUUUUCAGGGAAACACGGUAGUAUUAAAAAUUGUUUGGAAGAGGAACAAGUUUUGCCUGACAACAUUGAGACCUAUUUUAAAGUAUAUUUAGUAAUGAUAAUCUAUAAGAAUGAUAUGGGAAAAGAUGCUAUACUAAACUGCAAAGGAAACCCGCUGAUGUCUUAUUAAUUAAAAGGAACAUAUAAAUAACAAACUAAGAGAAUGACCUGGAUAAUUUCCCCAUAUUGGAUUUACAAAAGAGGCUUAUUAAAGCUUUGAAGAAUUUUGUUAGGAAGCACAAAGAAAAAAUGAAAAGAACUCAUAUUCUAAAACAUUAUUUGACGAUUAAGAUUGUUAAAAGUAAAAGCAAGGAAUAUAAAGUUGGUUUAUUUAAUGUUUAUUAAUGUUAAAAUAAAUACUUUAUUAUUUCUGGUAAUCCUUAAUGGAUUUCUGCUGAUCAGGACUGAAAUGACAAGGCUUUAGGGAUUUAUUAAAUAUUAAAAUUAAAGAACACUUAAAUGUUCCCAUAUUUAAUUAAAUUACUUAUUUAAUUGCCUAUCUAAUUCCCAUGUUUAAUUCAUUUUUCCCUUCCCAUAGAGAAGAUAAUUUAUUGUCUUUUAAGAGGUGAUAAAUUACUAAAAUUGUUUAUAUUUGUGAGUCACUUCUUUAUAUAUUUCUUUUUCAUUACUACAUUAUUUUUUUCUAUUUUCUGCACCUUUUCUUUUUCUUCUAUAUUUUUUGUAUCUUUAUCUUUGCAAUUAUAAUUCUUAAUAAACACUUUUAAAUUCUGGAGAUUUUUGGAAGGACUUUGGGCAGGAUUAUGGUAUCUAUAGAUGCUGGAUUGUAGCAUGAUUAACUUAUCUUCCUAAUAUGGGCCUAAAUUCCACCUCUGUCUCUUUUGUUAAUGUCUUCAGUACACUGGUAUAACUUCUGUAGUUCUUGACUUUCAAAUGAAAGAAUAGAAUAGAAUUCUUUAUUGGCCAAGUGUGAUUGAACACGCAAGGAAUUUGUCUUGGUGCAUAUGCUCUCAAUGUACAUAAAAGAAAAGAUACGUUCAUCAAGAAUCAUAAUUGAGUGAAUUGAAAUAAAAUAUGAUUCUCACAUUGCCUCCCUGCCAAGUGUAAAAUUGACUCAUGCUACAAAAGAGACCAGGAUUUAUGUGAAUAAAGUUCAGAUUUUUAAAAGUU